GUAGCGCAUGGUGUUGGCACGCUAAAAAUGAGAUACGAUGCCUGUUUCGCCGUCGGCUUGGUGGUGGCAGACUGGUGACUGCAGAAAUAUGUAGCAUUGCAAACCUGCACUCGUCUCUAGCUUUGGCUUCGAUGGCGCUGAUCGCUGGACCUUUUUAGUUAUGAAGAAGUCUUUGUCAGUUUGUGCGCAAGCCUAGCAGCCAAGCGCAGUGCGCGGUGUGCUGGUUUUACGUUAUAAUAGUCAGCUCGUUGAGCACAUGGUCACCAAUACCGACGGACAGACCACGCACAAGCUCUUCGACCAGCCUGUCUGUCAGUGUCAAUCACGAUGCAGCAUGCAGAGCUAUGGCGAAGUCAAUCAUGCUCCCGCUCCGGAGUCGCUUCAAGCGGAGCAGAGCCGCCGGAGUUUGCGUCCCGUUCGGUCGCCUCGGCUUACAUUUACAAUGCAAGACACUACCAAGAGGAUCCGAUCCUGCUCCCUAUCUUGGAAAGCGCAGCACCGCUGUAGACCGAAGUCGACGUCGGCAGCCUGUACCCCGUACCGUUCCAUUCAUUCGCUACUCGUCCGUAGACCUACGAGCGUAGAUCUGCACCAGUGUUCUGCCGAGCGUCGACGGAUAGCAUUGGUAUGGUAAGGUAGAUAAGCUUUGCCAUGUCCAUAGCCUAGGAGUUUACCAGGCCAGGGCUGAAAGCGACUUGGCAUGACGAAUGGAUAACAGCUGAGGUCGACGAAUUUCACAACGCACCGUCAAUUCGAGAGCGUUUGAGAAUUUCAUCGGUGGGAGGCAGAAGAUUUGCAGAAGUUUCGGAGCACGUGGAGCACGCUGAUAGCAGCGUGAGAACAGGACUCUGUGGUCUCCUGCCCCUCUGACUCUGGUCAUCAUUGACUUGGCAGACUGUGUGCCCGGCUCACUAGCCACGUGUAGCAUGGGGAACGGGAUUGGACAUCGCACCGCUAGCCAUAGCUGGCUGAUAGUACUCCUGUUGUCCAGUGUAGGUCUAUUGACUGCACAGGAAGCUGCAGGUAGGCAAUGUGAACGCUCCAGUUCCGGCACCUACUCAGGCUCACUUGACUUGAUCGGUCUUCUCGGCAUCAGUCAACUUCCGCAGGGCGUGACCACGACAUUCUACUUUGACGGCAACAGCGUUCUGCUGGCGUAUCGCCUCAGCUCACACUCCUCCUCAAGCUCUCCGGUGCGACGUCUGUUCACCACGCCAAGCAACGUUCCGCCGACAUUCUCCAUAAGCACGGUCAUCAAGCUGAGCCCGGCUGCCCGUGCCAGCAACUGGUGUCUGCUCAAAGUCACCGACGCGGCCAACAGUAACGUUCUGACGCUGGAGCUGCACGGCACAACCAGUGAGCUCGUCGUCCAGUUUGAGUCGGCCGUCAGCACGCAAGUAUCACGUGUGGAUGCUACUGAUCUGUUCGAUGCACGUUGGCACAGGCUAGUAAUAUCUGUGAACGGCCGUGUGAUCAAGUGGAUCGUUGACUGCCAGUUGACCGGCAGUGCCCGCGCCGAGCAUGCUGCCCUGGCCAUCCCGCAUGAUGGCAAUGUUUACGUGGCCGUGCAGCGGUCCAGUCGCAACCGCGGCGUGGAAGUGUCCAUCCAGGACAUUACCUAUCACUGUUCACCCACCGCUGCCGAGGAGCAGCAAUGCAACAGGAUAUUUCCAGUGUCAUUUCCCGAAGAGCCACAGAGAGAUGAUCCUGGAUACUUCGAUGGCAGAGCAGGAGGUCCUGUAGUCAAGGGAGAGAAAGGUGACCACGGCGAGCCUGGAAUACAAGGUCCAGUUGGACAACCAGGUCUGGAUGGCUCAUCCAAGCCAGGUCCACCCGGCCCGCCCGGAUUACAAGGACCAGCCGGGCCUCCAGGCCCCCCUGGACCACACGGGACACCGACGUUGUCGCCAAGCGGGCACGUGCCACUGGGCGGUUUCGAUCACGUCCCUGUCAAUGGCCAUCCGAACGACGGUGCUUGGACAAGUGUGCAGGAGGGCCCUCCAGGUCCAGCUGGUGAGAGAGGAGACGCUGGCGAAAAGGGCGAAACCGGAGUGAAGGGAGACCAAGGACCUCGGGGCAUACAAGGUCGGCCCGGGGUGCAAGGCCCCAUUGGCUACCCAGGCGCACCUGGCAAAUCUGUGAAGGGAGAGACAGGUGACGCUGGAAGUGAUGGAACACCCGGUCCAAAAGGAGUGGCGGGAUUCGGUGUGAACGGAAGCAAAGGAGAAACAGGAAACCGGGGAAAGAAGGGCGACAAAGGAGCAACAGGACUCUCCGGCCCCAUUGGACCCAAGGGAGACCUGGGCCACAAAGGACCAUCAGGAUUGGAUGGCUUUGACGGACUGAAGGGAGAGGUUGGUCCAACAGGCUUGCUGGGACCGCGUGGCCAUCCAGGCCUGACUGGGACUCCUGGCCCUGUUGGAGUGAAAGGUCCAGUUGGCAGCCCGGGACCGAAGGGUGAGCCGGGUUCAGUCGACAUACAGAUGAUUCGCAGUGUGUGCCGCAGCGUGGCUAGAGAGUUGCUACUAGAGAUUCAACUACCCACUGGACCACCAGGGCCCGUCGGGUCGCCUGGGCUUGAGGGUGCAGCAGGAGAGCCCGGUGAAGCUGGAGAACCAGGGCACGACGGUACGCCAGGACGCCCAGGCGUGAAAGGUGAACGCGGUGAGCCAGGAAAUAGCGGUAAGAGUGGCGUACCAGGGUCACCGGGCAGGGAUGGCCGAAUCGGAACACCCGGUGUACAGGGCCACCCAGGACCCAAGGGCAGUGGCGGCAAGCGCGGAGAGAAAGGCGCAGCGGGUAGCUCCGGCCUCGCUGGGCCCAGGGGGCCGGAGGGGAUACCCGGCGAGAGUGGAGACCCGGGUCGCCCCGGUCGGGACGGACUGUCCGGUCCACCUGGUUACCCUGGCGAGGACGGCUCCCCUGGAAGAUGCCCGUCAUGUGACUACAGAGAUCCACGGCCUCCGCCUGGAUACGGGAAGCUCUGACUUGGUUCAGACUCACCAAUCAACACCUGGAUUUGGAUAGUGUGCCAGUGCAAGCAGGAUAUAUCACUCAAGUGUCCCCUUGAUGAGAAGGCGCGCGGGCACACACACACACACGCUCUUUUCGUGUACAUGUCGAAUCUUGCAUGGACUUGGUCAAACGUAAACCUACAACUCUCUUGCACGGCACUGAAUGCAGCAUGGAUGGAAGGUAACAUUGUAGCCAGGGACAAAUCUUCCCUUUCAGGUCACUGUGUCUGUAAAGUAAUCGUUGUGUCUAAACAGUGGUAACGUUUGAAGGAAUGAUGGAUUACCGUGCACAUUUCACAAAUUUUACGCUGCAGUGAAACUAUCAAUAAUUAUAAUAGCUAGCCUUGCCGUUCAUUGUUGCAGUUUCAGCGAUUGUUAAAAUUUAGGUUACAUCAACAUCCAUUCAUGAGUUAUCAAGAGACUUGGUAUAAUUAUUAUUCUUGACCUGUGCGUGUCCAGUGAGCUCAGUGCAGGUCCUUGAAUCACAGCACCUGUUUCAUACAUACUCAAAAGAGUUGGAUUUAUUCUAGAGCACGCUUGCUUCCAGUUUUCAGUCUUGCCAUGUACUAGUAGUUUUUUUCCUGACAUGUUCAGCACCUCCAGCCACACUAGCCUUGAUCAAUGCUGCAUGUACUCAUGUGUAUAUUGGUGCACAUUCGACAGACUACAUGAUGCUGCAACACACUUCGUAUUACAUGAUUAAAUAUUAUGCCGUGACUGAUGCCGAUAUAAUGUAGGACCAUCUGACCAAGAAGGUAUCAUGGCAUCACGUG